CAUAAGGAAGGAAAACAUAAUAUGCAAAAAUCAUGUGAUAGGAACUGGGAGAAAUGGGAAAAAUUUCGAGAAAAGAAAAUGGAGAUGAUGAAGGUUCACAAAUAUAAUGUAGAGCAGCGUCUGCGGCACGAAAAUCAGGAUCGAGUGUUCUAUAGACAUCAUUUUAAUUACCACCCUGUUAAAAGACCUAAACGAAAGACAUCUUUAGAUCCCAACUGGUACACUGAAAACAUUUAUUCCAAUCAAUCGAUUGAUAAUUCCGAUGGAGAACCAGCGUUAGCACUAGUGAAUGCUUACCAGCCUAGAAAACCGCAUGCCUAUAGAGACAUAAACGGUAAUCUGGAUGAUGAGUUAGACGAAAUCUUCACCGUAGGCACACAGUUUGAACGAUCCAGUAAUUAUCCAAAAUCGAACAGUUGUUGCUUUGGCGCCAGCAGUAGUAUAAUGGCCAAUAAUGUUAGACAUAGGAUCCCCAAGUCGCAUUCCUUCAGCACGUCCAGAAGUAUGGGAGCGGGAUUCAAUAUGAGUAAAGCCUACAACCGAAACAGUUUUGAAAUGGCUGAAUUUCCUGGACAUGCUCUCUCUGAUUCUGGCAGGUUAAACUACUUUAACGGGAUAAAACCAACAGGUAUGCGCAUUUGUGAUCGUGAAGGUUGCUUCAACGAAACGUGCUUUAGUAAGGAUACUAAGAAUAUUCAUAAUAACAAUAACAAUCUAAUGAAUGAAUGGAAUCAACGUAAUCGGAAUAACAUGAGGAGACGUUUGGCAAGUACGAGAUCGCAACGAGUAAUGGAAGAGGAUUUUGACUUGUUUGAAGAUGGAGAAGAAGUCGAACUGAAUAUGUAUAAUGAUGAUAAUUCUAUUGUGUUUGAAGACUUCGACGAUCAUGAUUAUUACGGAGCAGGACAUACAGCUGGUGAUUUUGAUGAAUUUUAUCGCCAUGAGCGCUCUAAGCAAGUACUGCGAGGAAAAUUCGAUCGAAUUAGUAAAUACACCGAUGACUUCACUGAUGACUAUCAUAAAUCAUUCGAAGAUAUUUUCAACCGAAAUUGCUACAUUGAUCAACAGUACCAGGUGAAGGGCAAUAAUUUUUUUUCAAAACCUCAUAUUGCUAAGAAUAAGAGCAUGUUAGAAGUUAAACCACCGAAUAAGUAUGACGACACAUCAUCGGAUUCAACUGAUCUGGAGUUGGAUGAUUUCAAUUUUGAUUUCGAAAAGUAUUGGGAAGAACUAGAAAAACCAUCGCCCACAUCACCAAGCGAGAUGACGGAAAAAUAUCCACCGGGUGCCAUGAAAAAGGUGAAAAACGUUAACAUUAAUCGAUAUAGCAAUGGAACUGUGAUAGACAUCUAUCAUGAUGAUGAUCCCUACCAUUCCGAUCACUACCACUAUCGGGAAGGUGCUGAAAAGAAUAAUAACAACAUUGUUGAUACUUUUUCACCACCUUCGAUAACUAAGUUUCGUAGAAAAGUAUAUCCUGAAAGAAAUAACAUGGAGAAUGAAAUCAAUAAGCAUUCGAGUGGUAAAAGGAACAAUAUCAACAACAAUAGUAAUGCCAUUAGUUUUCUAAACAAUAUCUUUUCCAUCUACAAACCGAGCAAAUAUUCUCCUCUGAAUUGUCACGUCGAGCAAAAUUAUUUGAAAAACAUUCCAGCCAAGAAAAUGAAUAUCACUAGUGCCGCAAGACCUCUUGGUGCUCCCCGCAGUGAUUCGGAAAACUCAGCCAAACGGCCCCUCACAGUACAUCCAUCCAAGCAGUACCCACAGCGCUCCUAUCAGGGUCAACGCAGUCAGAAGGAUCCACAGGCCAAGUUCCAAAUCAUACCGGAUAAAACGGGGCUGAAAAUAUCUCCCUUAUAUGCGUCUAGUAUCGACUACCGAAAAGCGAGAUAUAAACUCAAAAGUACUUCCCGCCCGUUAUCGUUCUGGUGAUAGUUGCUCGACUGUUCGUAUUAUUCGGAUGGCCGACUGGAUGGAUUACCCGUGGUCAAAAAGACACGCAGAACCAAGUAUCUGAAAUACUAAACAUUUCAUCAAUCAGAGUGUAUAAAUUCAAUUCACCGAUAAUCUACAAUUCGAUUCAAAUCUGUUGCAUAUUUACAUAUACACUAACACGAACACUCUCAAAAAAAUGUUGUACAAAUAUCACAUCAAAAUUCCAACUUUUUACACGCUUUUACCUUUAAUAGUCAGAUUUGAAGUUAAGAACCUCGAACCACCAACCAAAGUGAGCAUCCUUAAUUGUAAAUAUCCAUUAUCAAAAUGUUCGAAUGUAACACUUUUAAACCUUUUUAUAUGAUCGAACCUAACUGAAACCACCAUCAACUCACCAAUAUUUUCUGUAUAGACCAGUUUACAAAUUUGACGAUAUAUAUAGAUGUUCUAGUGGCAGCCGACUCACCAAUCAAUUCAUAUCCUGGUCCCAUCGGAAUAGGUAAAUCUCCUCAAAUCAGUUUUUGCAACAAAUAUUGACUCGAAUCUGGUGCACGCAAACAAUGAUCUAAGCCGAGGGAAGAACUUGAU